AUGGAGUCAAGGAACCACAGCAGCAGCACCGCGGGCUUCAUCCUCCUGGGCCUCUCUUCCAACCCACACUUGCAGAAACCCCUCUUUGCCAUCUUCCUCAUCAUGUACCUCGUCACCGUGCUGGGGAAUGCGCUCAUCAUCCUGGCCAUACAUUCCGACUCCAGACUCCACACCCCCAUGUACUUCUUCCUGAGCAAUCUGUCCUUCAUGGACAUCUGCUUCACAACGGUCAUUGUGCCCAAGAUGCUGGUGAAUCUGCUCUCAGAGACCAAGGCUAUCUCCUAUGUGGGAUGCCUAGUGCAGAUGUACUUCUUCAUGGCCUUUGGGAACACUGACAGCUACCUGCUGGCCUCCAUGGCCAUUGACCGCCUGGUGGCCAUCUGCAACCCCCUCCACUACGAUGUGGCUAUGAGCCCACGGCGCUGCCUCCUCAUGCUGCUGGGUUCUUGCGCCAUCUCCCACUUGCACGCCCUGUUCCGGGUGCUCCUCAUGUCUCGCCUCUCUUUCUGUGCCUCCCAUGUCAUUAAGCAUUUCUUCUGUGACACCCAGCCCGUGCUAAAGCUGUCCUGCUCUGACACCUCCUCCAGCCAGAUUGUCGUCAUGACUGAGACCCUGGCGGUCAUUGUGACCCCCUUCCUGUGCAUCCUCUUCUCCUACUUGAGGAUCAUCAUCACGGUGCUGAGAAUCCCCUCCGCCGCUGGGAAGUGGAAAGCCUUCUCCACCUGCGGCUCCCACCUCACUGUGGUGACUCUGUUCUAUGGCAGUGUCAUCUAUGUGUAUUUCCGGCCUCUGUCCAUGUACUCGGUGGUGAAGGACCGCAUUGCCACCGUCAUGUACACAGUAGUGACUCCUAUGCUGAACCCCUUUGUUUACAGCCUGAGGAACAAUGACAUGAAGAAAGGUCUGAGGAAAUUAAGGGACAGGAUUUACUCAUCGAAAGAAUAA